UCUACCCGGUUUUCGUAUUGCACAUCAAUUCAACGAAAGAUUUCGAUUAAAUGUGAUGUGCGGUGCCUUGAACCAGUGAGAACUACGCUGUACGUGUUCGAAUGAAGACGUCGAGAGCUUAAGAGCAGUGAAGAAAAACUCUACAUCCGAAUUGUAUAUCGACGACCUGCUGCUGAACAACAGCAAAACGAAUUUCGUUGUUGUUUUUCCACAAACCGACACACCGAAAAGAAUAACAUUUUAAAUUCUGAUUUGUUUUUUUUUCGGCACAUUUAUUUGUGCAUCGAAAUAAAUAAAAGAGGAAAAUAAGGCACAAACCCUCCCAGAGGCGAUAUCGACAAAAAAAUAGUGAAAUACGAUCGGAAAAAUCGUUGAGUGUGUUUUUUUGUUGUUUGAAAUUUGAAAGUGCAUUAAGCACACUUUUUUCGGAAACAUUUUAUUUGACGAAUUUCUUGGAAAACCAUUUUUUUUGCAGAGCUAAAACACAAGGAAUAAAAAUAAAAAGCGGAAAAUUAAUUCAAUUGGAAUCCGAUUCGCUCAAUCAGUUUGCUUUUCGUUUGAAAAAAAAAAAUUGGCAAAGGAUUGUGUGCGCGAUUUGAUUGUGCUUUUUUUUAAAUCUUGGACAUAAAACGGAUUUAUUUUUCUUCUGAAAAACUCUGCUGAAGUGCUGUUUUCAUUCAAUUGAAUAAAAAUAAACCCUCUGCGCAAAACACGAAAUAAAAACGAAGAAGAAAAAUUUCUUCAACGAACAAAAAAACUGGAAAAAGCUUAGUUUUAUUAAGUGAACAAUUUUUUUUUUCGGGGAAUUAGCACAAUCAGUGUUAUUUUUUUACGUGUGAACGAAGUGAGUGGUCCACAAUGACAGCGUUUAUGCCACGAGGAACGCGAUGGCUUGAGAUCGGAGCGAUUCUUGCUUUAUUUCUAGUUAUUCAUGUAACAGCUAACGAAACGGAUUUAGCUACAACCGGCGAUUGCUAUUACAACUAUAAUCAUUAUAGCGAAGGCGAUCGCAUCCUAACAAAUGAACCAUGUUUAAAUUGUACAUGCCAUAAUAAAAUGCUAAUGUGCUACCUGAAGGUAUGCCCGUUUACGAAGCCGAUUGGCCAAGAUUGUACGAUUGAAAAACGCGAAGAUCAAUGCUGUCCAAUUAUUACGUGCCCAGAAGUACCAGUCGAACUCGACCAUAGUUCAGCGACGACGACCGACUUAGCAACGCACCAGAAUCAUGGAUGUUCAAUCGAUGAUGAAUUCUAUCCAGAAGGAGCUCAGAUUCCUGGAAAUCCAAAGAAACCAUGUGAAUUGUGCUAUUGCAUACGGAAUAUGACGUCGUGUGUAAUGCAAGAGUGUACAUUGCACGUUGAUGGAUGCCGACCAAUUUACAACAAAGGCGUCUGCUGUCCAGUUCGUUACGAUUGCGCUCAUGAUGAUGAUUUGCCAUUAAUGCUGGAAGAUCAAACGACCACGGAAGCGCCAUCACAAGGAUUUAUCAUUACAACAACCAGUGCACCGGUUCCAUCAACCGACUGUUAUCACAACGAAGUUAGCUAUUCGGAUGGUGAAAAUAUUGAUACCGAUCAACCAUGUGAACAUUGCUACUGUAUGCGAGGCGAUAUUGUGUGCGCGGUUCAAGAAUGCAAACCAUUGGAAAUGCACGGCAAAAAUUGUACGGCAAAAAUUCCAGGCCCUGGCGAAUGUUGCCCACAAGUUUAUGAAUGUGAAAGUGAUUUGAAAUCAACAACGCUGGCUGCUGAAAUCGAUGAACUAUCGGCUACUACAUUGGGAUACAAGGGUGAUGCUGCUGAACCAAUUUUGACAACGACUCAAGCCGCUGCUGUCCCAGCCUCAUCAUCGGAACAACUCGAAAAGGAUGCAUUUACGACAGAAGGAGCCAUUGCCGAUACUACCUCGCAACGUAUUGACGAAUCAGAGAAUGAAAUUCAUGACAAAGACUACGAUCACAUGACUGUUAAGCCAUCACGAAGCAAUUUCACCGCACCGCAACAAUCAGAUGCAGUCAACGACCGUAUCGAAGGUGAAGAGAGCACUACGUUGCUUAGCAAAUUGGAUGAAGGGGCAGCAACAACGAUUUUGGCUGAAUCAGGUCCAGCUAGCGACGAACAAAUCACAACCGUUUCACCAAUCGCCGGUCAACCAGAGUCUGCCGAAAAGGAUGCCACCGAAAGCGAAGGAAUUUUGAGCAAUUUAUACACAACCAUCAAAUCGAUUGUUGAAUUUACCACGACUUUGAGCCCAAUUCAAGAGAAACCGCACAAACAGCACGAUGAAGAAGAAUUUUUAUCGAAUGUCAUUCCGGGUGAAGGCGAUUGUUUGGAUAAUGGUGUCAGUUAUGCCAACAACACAAAUGUGCCAACGAGAAGCGUUUGCGAAGAGUCAUGCUUGUGCCACAACAGCAUCGUUCGAUGUGAAAGUGUGAAAUGCGCUCCAAUGCCACCAAAUGCUGAAAACUGUAGAAUUAUGCACGAAGAAGGUUUGUGCUGUCCAAGCUAUCACUGCGAAAGCAUGGAAUUUAGCACCGGAACACCAGCAACGCAUCCAGCCGAAAGUCAAGUCGUUCAUCUCGAUGAACAACAACCACAAGUCGAUAGCACCACUUUGGCUCAACAAUUGGAAACUGAAGAGGAGCACACCAAUGCCAUUGAUAGCAAACUUGACAGCACAACAAUUCAAUCGGCUAAAGCUCCAAUUUCAAGCAAAUUGGACGAUACACUGGAAAUGAAACCAGAGGCAACGACUGAAACCGAAUUGGCUAAGGAAACAAAUGCACCGGAAAUUGAAAGCUCGACAGCGGCAAAGGAACACGAUGAAAUUCCAAGCAUUGUUGAGGAUAAAUUCGAGGCCGCACCAGCACAAACUGAACAGCCUGAACCACCAGCUGUAGAUGAAAUCGCUACGGAAGCUGCACCAUCGAAAUAUGAACCAGAAAGCACUACAUUGUACGAUGCUGGUAAAGAACAAGACCAAAAAGUUGAACAACAACCAGGAAUUGCUCAACCAACCACCGAAAAGGCAGCUGAAUUGCCAGAAGAAAGUGCAACCACUCAAUUGUCAGAAGAGAAAUUACACGAUGAAAGCGCUGCAGCCACAACACAAGCUCCAUCAGCACAAGCCGAAGAAGGAUUGACUCCAACAACACAAAAAGUACAGCAAGACGCCGAAAUUUCUACUGAAAGUCAAAAGGAAAGCGAAAUUUCAACUGAAUUACAGCCAGCUGCUCAACCAAUUGCUCACGCUGAACAAAAACCAGAAGAAAUUGCUACAACCGAAACACCAUUCACACAGCAACAAGAAGAAAUUGUAACGGAAGCACAUCAUGAACCUGAAAUUUCGACCGAGCAACAAAAGCAAAGUGAAAUCUCUACUGAAGGACAAAAAGAAAGUGAAAUCUCGACCGAAUCAAAACCAGGCGCACAACCGGCAAUCCAACCGGCUCAAGACGAAUACGUCACAACUGAAGCUCCAUUAAUCGAAAAGACGCAAGAAGACAGUGAAAUUUCCACCGAACCGCAGCCAGGCGCUCAACCUGAAUUGCAAAAUCGCGAUGAAAUCAUCACAACUGAGGGAUCAAUUGUGCAAAAGGCCCAAGCGGAGAUUCAAACGCAACAACCUGAAGUCCAAAGUCAAGAUGAUCACUUCACAACUGAGAAAUUGGAACCAGCUCAAGAGCCAUCAUCAACUGAACAAGCCUCUAAAUUGCCCGAAGAACAAUCGACUGAACAAGGUGCUGAAUUGCCAGAAGGGCCAUCAUUCGAGCAAGCGACAACCGAAAAAUUGGCCGAACAGCCAGAAGCUGAGGCCACAACUGUUCGCACGGCCGAAACAGAGCGACCAAUGAAAUUGGCCGAUGAAGUUUUGAGCACGGAGAGACAAGCCGAAGAACAGGCAACCGAAAACUUGAUUCCAGACUCAAGCACCGAUAGUCACAUUGACCAACAUGCCGAGAUUUCAACGGAAAAACACAUUGAACCCGUUGAAAAAUUCGAAGGUGAGCAAAUUACCACUGAAAAAGCUGCUGCUCCAGAUGCAACUACACAGCUAUAUGUUGAGCAAAAACCAAGCGAAGAAAGUUUGCCACAAACAACAUUGGCCACCGAUUCGAAACAAUCUGAUGAAACACAACAAAAGGGCGAAGAAGAAUUAGCACAAACAACAACCGCUCCAAAGCCAAGCAUUCAAGAAGCCGAUGCCACCGAAAGAUUGCCAGAAUUUAAUGAGAUUUCAAGCGAACACAUCCCAUUAGAAAUUGAAGAUCACAAGACCGAAAAUGAUGUUUUCGCCGCACCAGCAACCGAAUCACAACCUACGGCCACUGAACAACAGCCAGAAACUGUCGAACAUAAAGAUGAACAUGUUACUGAAGGCGUAAGCUCAUCGGAAUACACUCCGUCCGAACAAUCGGAAAUUAAACCGGAAAUUCCAAGCACCGAACAAGCCCAUGAAGUCAAACCGGAAGAAGUGUCAACUGAACAGGCAUCAGAAGAAUCAACCACAUUGGCGACAUCAAAAUUGACCAUCAACGGUAUCAGUCCGAAUGAAUUCAAGGAUGGUGAAAUUGUAAGUCAAGAUGAGAAACAAGAAUUGGAUUUGGUUGAACCAACAACGACUGAAAAAUUGGCCGAUGAAGCUUCAAGCGCCACGGAAGCUGCUCAACAACCGGAAAUUGUUCAACAACCUGCAAUCUCUGAACAAAAACCAGAACAACCACACGAGGUGCAACCACAACAGCCGGAAUUGACGUCAUCUGAAGAUGCUAAGGAAUCAAUUGCCACUGAACAACCGGCUCCUGAGCAACCAGCAACCGAACAACCGGCAAUUAUUCCAUCGCGUGAUGAACAAAUAACCGAAGGCCCAGCUAUGUCAGAAGAAAAGGAACAACCAACCACUGAAAAGAUUGCAGAGGAAAAAGAACAGGCCGUAACGGAAAAGCAAGCCGAAGCCACGACAAUUUAUUCGUUCCCAUCGAAACAAGAAGAUCUUGAAAUUAUCACCGAAAAUGUUGUUCCAUCGAAGCAAGAAGAUUUGGAUAUUGUUACAUCACACGAAGAAAAAGAAGCUACAACUGCUUAUCCUGCAUAUAGUGGACCAUCAACCGCAUACCCAGAACAUCAUGAUCUUGAUACAAAGUUCGGUACGGCAACAAAUGCACCAACAGCAUUGGAACCAUCGACACAAGCGCCAAGCGAAGAGGCAACCACUCUUGGCAAAGUGAGUGAAGAGCAACCAAUCCAACCUGCAUUCGAUGAUUUGUUCCCAGACCAACACAUUCCACCUGCUGCCACUGAAAAACAACACAUCGAACAGGCCACACCAAGCAUUGAACAGAGCGAACAAACGACAUUCGGUAUUUUGACUGAAGACAAAUCGACUGAACCUACUGAAAUCAAACAAGAAGUGCCAAUGCCGACCGAAGCACCAGCACCACGACCAGAACUUGAAUCGGGAAGCCAAAUGCAUAUCGCUGAUGACGAACAACCACAACCAGAAUCACCAGUUACCACAGAAGCAGCAAAACAAGAGGAACCAGCCGCUACAACAACGGCCAGUGUUGCUCCAGCUGAAAAUGUCAAUCGAAUUGAUGAAGAACAAACCGGUGACAAACAAGAGGAACCACAACAACCGAUCACAGAAAGUCAUAGCGAAAUCGCAAAAGAAGAAGAAGCUCCAAAAGAGGAAGACGAUUCAAAGAAAAAACAACCGGUUCAACAGGAAGAACAACAUGAACCAGCUCAACGCAUUCCAUUGGCAACGACCGAACCAACAAUCGUCGAUGUUACAACGCUUUUGAACAAAAUCCAUGAUGAAUUCCAUCCAAAUGCUGAUGAAGUGACUACACAAAGACAAGAACAACCUGAAUUGCCUGCACAAACGGAAAAAGCUGAAGUGACACAAGCUCCACAGCAACCAUCACAGUCGGAUGAAUUGCCAGAACAGCCACAACAACAAACCGAACAGCCAUUGGAACAACAGCAAACGGAGCAGCCAUUAGAUCAACCACAAGAGCAAUCACAAGAGCACACCGAACAGCCUCAAGAGCAGCCAGAAAGUACUUCGGCCCCUGUGCAACACGAUGAAAAGCCAGAAUCAAAACCAAUUGAAGAAGCUGUAACCACUGAGCAGCCUGCUUUGUCAGGCGAAAGUGAAGCAACAACACAGCAAGGAGUGCAACAACCUGCUCAACUUGACGAGAAAUUGGAAGGUUCAACAGCAGCACCAGUUGCGCCAAAACAGCCAUUGGACCAGACCGAACGAAUCCAAGAAAUUCCAGCUGAAGGUACAACUCAUCAACCAGAAAAUGAAACACCAAUAGUUGUCUUGGCACCAAUAAUGCCAGUCCAAAAUCAAUCCGAUCUCGUUGAGCCGACACAAGAGCAAUUCAGCACCGAUGCUCCAGCUUUGACACAAGAACAAACGACCCAACAACAACAAGAAAUGGAAAAAGUCACUGAAUCACACGAAUUGUCAAAGGGCGACGGUGAAGUCACAACUCAAAAGGAUGAAUCGAUUGAACAACAGCCAACUGAAGGCAGUGCACCAAAAAUUCCAGUUGAAAGCAGUAGUCAAGAAGGUGAAAUUGCUCCAAUUGUCCCAGAAACCACUGCAUACGAACAAGAAGCCAUUGCAACUAGUACCAGUGAACCAGUCAAAUCAACUGAAUCAAGCAAACCAUCGAUUAUUGCUCACGAUGAAUUGCCAGCAGCCGAAGUAACAACACAGCGCAUUGAAAGCGGUGCUGGCCAAGAAGAGGAACAAUCAUCGACCAAACCAUCAAUUUUGGAUGGAACAACAAUCAAGAGUGUUGUCGAAUUGAUCACAACAUUGCAUCCAAUUGUUCAACAAGAGCCCGAAGUGACAACAAUCGCACAAGCGGCUGAACAACAACCAUCAAGUGAACAGCCAAUUUCAAGCGAAAAACCAAUUUAUAAUCGUGUCGAUGCGGAAAGUUCAUCAACAGCCGAACCCGAAUAUCAUACAACUGAAUCGGCGAUCUUUGAAAAUAAAACAAGCCCAGAACAAACACAUGUGUAUGCAUCACCGCCCGAAUCAGCGAAUAAUAUUCCAUUGAUUCGUGAGCCAACAUUGAGUGAGAUUACGACGAAACUUGCCGAAAGCUUUGACACAACAACAUUGCCAUCAAUUCUAUUUACAAGUAGCCAUACAGAACGAAUUAGUGAUAGUACAACGAAUAAGAAUACUCAAACUGAGAUUACGGAACCGACGCUGCAGCACAGUGACGGUGAACAGACAGCCGCCGCUGGUCCACAACAGCAUGAACAAGACGUACAACAGCCAUCGUAUCCACCGUCAUUCGAUGGCGGAUACGGAAGUGUGCCAUCACAAUAUCCAGAUGAAGAAUACACCGACGAAGAGGAGCCGGCCGUGUUCGGUCCGGGUACAUGCCGUUACGGUGGCAAAUUAUAUGUAUCAGCUCAACAAAUUCCACGAGACGAUCCAUGCGAUUUCUGUUUCUGUUUCCGCAGCGACAUUAUUUGUCUGCAACAAUCUUGCCCGCCUCCAAUCAAUGGCUGUCACGAAGAACCAAUCCAAGGAUUCUGCUGUCCACGAUACGAGUGCCCCGUGUCAAUGGGACUCGUGCUCAACACAACGACCACAACAACAACCACAUUACCACCAUAUUUGUCACAUUUCCAACGGAAUAGUGCCAAAGUCACGCGAAGCGGUUGCCAAAUCCAAGGUAUUACAUACAAAAUUGGCGAACGAGUUACAACCGCCAGCGGACCAUGCAUCGAUUGC